AUGCAGUUGGAAGACUGGCUGGAUGAUUUGUGUCUCGAAUCUGUUGAACGCAUCUGUUUUCAGGUUGAAGAAGCACAAUGGUUCUACGAAGACUUCAUUCGGCCGUUGGAUCCGGCUCUUCCGUCCUUGUCCCUGAAAGCCUUCGCUUUGCGCAUCUUUCAGCAUUGCCCAUUGAUGUCCCAAUGGUCGCACUAUCACCACAUCACUGCGUUUUCCGAAUUCCUGGCCUACAAAACCCGGGUCCCGGUGCGCGGUGCCAUCAUGCUCAACCAUGACAUGGAUGAGGUGGUCUUAGUCAAAGGCUGGAAGAAGGGCGCCAACUGGAGUUUUCCACGAGGCAAAAUCAACAAAGAUGAGAAAGACAUCGACUGUGCCAUCCGGGAAGUGUACGAGGAAACUGGUUUUGACGUUCGACAAGCUGGAUUGGUCCAAGAUGAGAAAGAUGUCAAGUUCAUCGAAAUCACCAUGAGAGAGCAGCACAUGAGGCUGUAUGUUUUCCGGGGCGUGCCACAGGAUGCUCAUUUCGAGCCGCGUACCCGCAAGGAGAUCAGCAAGAUUGAGUGGUACAAGCUGUCGGAGUUGCCGACCCUGAAGAAGAGCAAGCAGCAAGAUCAAGGCUUCGUCGUCGCCAAUGCGAACAAGUUCUACAUGGUAGCUCCGUUUAUGCAUCCCCUCAAGAAGUGGAUUGCCCAACAAAAGAGGCUUGAAGGAAAGCUGCCAGGUGGCCCGAAGUUACCUAUGCCGAACGACAUGUCGAUUGACGAAGCUUCCCAUGCCGUGCACAGCUUCACACCAAACCAAGCCGCUGCGGAAAUGGCUACGCCCAGUGACUUGCCAGAACUUGCGUCGACCCAAGACGCCUCUGCUCACCUUAAGCGCCUACUCAACAUCAACAAUCUGGUUCCCCCUAAGAAUCCAUCGCCGGUCACCCAUUCGCCAGUGUCCGGGCCUAGUACCUCUAAAUCUAAUGCUCUCUUAGAGCUGCUGAGGACCGGCUCGUCUCGUGAAUCCCUUCCACAAGCCCCUAUUCCAGAGCAGCAAUCGACUCCAGCACCUCCCCCAGGAAGUAUGCCUCCUGUGAGUCGGCCUCAUCCCGCGAUGGGCUUCUUCCCGGGCUUUCCUCAACAAGGCCCUCAUGUCGGGGUACCUCCCAGCUUGCCGUCAUACCCACAACCAAAUCACGGUCCUGUACCACAUCUACCAGCAUCCAUUGUCAAUGCAAUGCCUCAUGGCCCGUUGAAUCAAAUACCGCUUUCUGCUGCUCCUCCGGGGCCAUCGGGCAAUUUUCACGGAACGUUCCCCCCUCAGCAGUCGCUUGCAUCACACUUCUACAAGGAGACAGGUUCACUGGCAGAACUCGCUCCCGCUCCGCAGAGUCAAGCUGCCCCUGCCCCCUACCAUCGCACGGGUGAUCCUCAAUUCUCUCAAUCAGGUCAGCCUUCCCAAGUUCAGGGUGCGACUGUGCCACCGGCGAGCAAGUUGCCUCCACCGAAACUUACGAGCCAUUCCCUGGCUCUGUUGAAUGUUUUCAAGGAUGAUUCGACCAAAACACCCAAGACGCCUAAGGCGAACUUGGUGUCACAUACAGGAGCGGCACCAGCCAAUGAACGAAGAUCAUCACAGCAUCAGGAUCAGCUCCUUAAUCUGCUGAGAGGGUCUCCGGCUCCUGCUGUCUCUGGGCCGGCCGAACUAUCGGGUCAGUCAGUGUCCCCGGCUAGAAAACAAGUCCUUCAACGGCCCCGGGGUGACCAGAGCCCUGCGCGGCGCAGUUCGCCCGCGGCUAAACCAUGGACUUCUGCACCAGCCUCUGGACCGACCAUGCAUACUCUACAGCCUGGAACUCUAAAGCCGUCGAGAAAGGGACAGAAUGGGCCGAAUCGCAAAGGACCCAGAACUGAGCAGGCAUCAGCUGUCACGGCCCCUAUAACAAUCCUGGCAAGACCGCAAGCCGCUAAGGAACAGCCUUCCGCGCGCGCUUCUCCGCAAUCCUCCCGACCUCCCUCCCAGCCUAGGGGUCCGAAACCCAGUUCUCCAGAGCCACCGAAACCCUUCCAGCCACAAAUUCUACGUCGCUCUGAUCAUCCAAAUGCGAUCAAUCUUCUCCCGAUUCGGACUGCACUCAAUGAGAAUCAGGAUCAACAGGCCGCCGCACGCUCCACAGAGUCUCCUCGGCAUUCGCAGCCUCAACCGAGCUUCGACCGUCGACCGAGUCAAACUGUUGCGCAAAAGGAGAUGCUCUUGUCACUCUUUGGCAAAUCAUCUGUCUCCCCAAACAUUUCUCCUGCGGAACUGAGCGCAUCUGUUCCAAAACCAUCGCAGCCUUCUUCUGUCGUUAGUCCAUUGUCACCGGUCAAUUUGCCCGCUGUUCCUAACUCUCAUCCCACAAACAUGAUGCGCUCCAGCCCAUCUACACGCACAAUAUGUGCGCAAUGCCUCAGUCGCAAUCGACACUUCUCCACGACCAUCCAGCGUUGCGCCCCACGAUCCAGCACCCCGAACCCUCCCUCCCCGCCAGCAACCGGAUAUGCACGUCUCACGAACCGCGGAUUAAUCUCCAUAACGGGCAUAGAUAGCACCUCAUAUCUCCAAGGCUUAAUCACGCAGAACAUGCUCAUUACGAACGACCCGAACCGCCCGACCCGUCGAACGGGCUCCUACACUGCCUUUCUGAACUCCCAAGGCCGCGUGCUCAACGACGCCUUCCUCUACCCACUGCCCCAGGCAGAGGGCACUUCACCGGACGAACAUGCAUGGCUUGUAGAGGUGGACAAGAGCGAAGUCACGAGCCUCUUGAAGCAUCUUAAAAAACACAAACUCCGCGCGAAACUGAAGCUACGUGCCCUGGAUGAGGGAGAACGCACUGUGUGGGCCUCAUGGAAGGACCAUAGUGAACCGCGGUGGGCAGCGUACAAUCUGGAUUGUCAGUCUUUUUCACCCUUUGCCUCGUCCUCCGCGACGGUCACCGGGUGUGUGGAUACCCGCGCACCAGGAUUCGGAUCCAGGCUCAUCACGCCGGGGGAGGGAGAUUUGACGACGCAUCUGGCGGGGGCAGAAGGAGAGGGGUAUGGAUCGGAGGUGGAUCUGGGCUCUUACACCGUGCGACGGAUGUUACAUGGCGUUGCGGAAGGGCAGUCGGAGAUCAUUCGCGAGUCCGCACUUCCGUUGGAGUCGAACAUGGAUAUGAUGCGGGGCAUUGAUUUCCGCAAGGGAUGCUAUGUCGGUCAGGAACUUACGAUCCGGACCCAUCAUACUGGUGUUGUGAGAAAGCGUAUACUUCCGGUUCAGUUGUAUGAAGGGAGUCUAGGGGAUUUGGAAUCGGCCGAUAUGCCCGUGUACGACCCCUCUGUGGAGGUGGAGUUGCCGCCAUCCGGAUCGAAUAUUUCCAAGGUCAGCGCCCGCAAGGGCCGUAGUGCGGGCAAGUUCUUAGGUGGCGUUGGAAACAUCGGACUUGCUUUGUGUCGGUUGGAGAUGAUGACGGAUGUUGCUUUGACUGGGGAGGGAACUCAAUAUAGUCCUGAUCAGGAGUUCAAGGUCUCAUGGACUGGAGCCGAAGAUGGAUCAUCUGAGUCUGGCGAGGUGAAGUUGAAAGCACUUGUCCCGGCUUGGACGAGAGAGUACAUCUCCAAUGGUGGAGUGAAGAAAAAUCAGGGCCGGAACCUAGAACUGGAGGGACAGCGGGCCAGGGAACUGUUGGAACAAUUGGAGGAAGAGGAGUCCUCACGAUGA